AUGCAGAACUAUUGGGUCUGGACAUCUCAUGGAGAAGAUUAUAAUAUGUUCGACAAUAAUUCUGAAGAAGAUGCGUUCACCACAGAGCCAACAAAUCCUUAUGUGGCAAUGGUUUCAGAUGCAUUUGGCAAUACAGAGGCAGAGGCAGGAUUUGAUCAGAUGAACGAAGAAGAGCCUAACCCCGAAGCAAAAAAGUUUUAUGAUAUUCUGGAUGCUGCAGAACAACCAAUCUAUGAAGGAUGUAAAGAAGGUCUUUCGAAACUCUCCUUAGCAGCUCGGCUUAUGAGUUUGAAGACAGAUUUUAAUUUGUCUCAAAAGUGUAUGGACUCCAUUGCUAAGAUGAUGCAAGAUUAUUUGCCAGAAGGGCACAAUUAUUCAUUAUGGCCUGUUAUCUUAACUCCGUAUAAUCUGCCACCUGAGAUGUGUAUGAAACAAGAAUUUAUGUUUCUAACCAUUCUAGUACCUGGUCCAAAGCAUCCAAAGAGAAGUCUAGAUAUAUUUCUUCAACCGUUGAUAGAAGAGCUGAAAGAUUUGUGGUUUAGUGGUGUUGAAGCAUAUGAUAUUUCUACUAAGCAGAACUUUUUGUUACGAGCAGUACUCAUGUGGACAAUAAGCGAUUUUCCCGCUUAUGCUAUGCUUUCAGGCUGGACAACUCAUGGUCGAUUGGCUUGUCCAUAUUGUUUGGAUAAGACUGAUGCAUUUCAGUUAAAGAAUGGAAGAAAAACAAGUUGGUUUGAUUGUCAUCGGUGUUUUCUACCUGAAGAUCAUGGAGAUAGACAGAAUGUGGUCAGUUUCAGAAAAGGAAGGGUUGUGAAGGAUAGUGCACCUCCGAUACUAACAGGCGAGGAAUUCUUGAAUAAAGUCUGUGGCUUUCCCAAAACAGUUGCUUUCCGGGGGAAAUCAUGGAAAAAAAGUUCAAGGAUAUGGCAAACCCAUAACUGGCAUAAACAAAGCAUCUUUUGGGAGCUGCCUUAUUGGAAGGUUCAUCUACUUCGACAUAAUCUUGAUGUGAUGCAUAUCGAAAAAAACUUUUUCGAUAAUAUCAUCAAUACUUUACUGGAUGUGAAGGGGAGAACGAAAGAUAAAUCAAAUCACGACUCGAUUUGCAAGAGCAUUGCAAUCGCAAAGACUUGCUCAUAA